UAUUAUUAUUACUUAUAAAUAUGGACAAAACUAUUCCAGAUGUUAUUAGCACUUUACCAACUAAUGUUAUCAAGGUUAACUAUCCAAGCGGUGUUAGUGUCAAUUUAGGCAAUGAAUUGACACCAUUGCAGGUCAAAGAUGAGCCAACAUUGGAGUGGUCUACAGAAACCGGUGCUCUCUAUACGGUAAUUAUGUUGGAUCCGGAUGUAGCCGAAGAUAUUCGUGCAAUAAAACAUUGGCUAAUAGUCAACGUACCGGACAAUGAUCUAUCAAAGGGUGAACUAUUGGCUCCAUAUGUCGGCUCUCGUCCACCUCAGGAUUCGGGUCUUCAUAGGUAUAUAUUUUUGGUGUACAAACAACUGGCCGGACAUUUGUAUCACACAGAAGUUCCCCUAAAACCCAAUGAUCGUUUGGGUCGCCGUAAGUUUAGCGCUAAACAGUUUGCCAAAAGAUACAAUUUGGGCGAACCCUACGCCGGGAACCUGUUUGUGGCAAAGGCUGAUGAUUACUCAAAUCAAUUGUGGGCUGAGAUAAAUAAGCCUAAACUCGAUUGAUUUUUGUUAGUUAAAAAUUGUAAUAAUUGUUAAUAACAUAAUACACAUUUUAAAAUCAAAACAAUAUUUUAAUAAAUU